CGCCGCCCGCCCGCGCAGAGCUCGCUCCAUGGCUUAGCGGAGGAGGCGGUGGCGAGCAGGGGGAGGGGGACUCUUAUUUUGUUAGGGGGAUCGGGCUGAAGCCCGACCGGCCUGGCAGGGCUCGCCCGGGGCCGGGCGUCAUGUCUCAUGCAGCCGAGUCAGCUCGGGACGGCGUAGAGGCCAGCGCGGAGGGUCCUCGAGCCGUGUUCGUGCUGUUGGAGGAGCGCAGUCCGGCCGACUCAGCCCAGCUGCUCAGCCUGAACUCUUUGCUUCCGGAAUCCGGGAUUGUUGCUGACAUCGAAUUAGAAAACGUCCUUGAUCCUGACAGCUUUUACGAACUCAAAAGCCAGCCCUUACCACUACGCUCAAGCCUCCCAAUAUCACUGCAGGCCACACCAGCUACCCCAGCUACACUGUCUGCAUCAUCUUCUGCAGGGGGCUCCCGGACCCCUGCCAUGUCAUCUUCAUCUUCAUCGCGGGUCUUGCUGCGGCAGCAGCUAAUGCGGGCCCAGGCCCAGGAGCAGGAGAGGCGUGAGCGUCGGGAACAGGCUGCAGCCUCUCCCUUCCCCAGUCCUGCACCUGCCUCUCCUGCCAUCUCUGUGGUUGGUGUCUCUGCUGGGGGCCACACAUUGGGCCGUCCUCCCCCUGCUCAGGUGCCCAGGGAGGUGCUCAAGGUGCAGACUCAUCUGGAGAACCCAACACGCUACCACCUGCAACAGGCACGCCGGCAGCAGGUGAAACAGUACCUGUCCACCACACUUGGGCCCAAGCUGGCUUCCCAGGCCCUCACCCCACCACCGGGGGCUGCUAGUGCCCAGCCGCUCCCUGCCCCCGAGGCCACCCAUGCUGCUGGCCCCACAGGCAGCGCCCCCAACAGCCCCAUGGCACUACUCACCAUCGGGUCCAGCUCAGAAAAGGAGAUUGAUGAUGUUAUUGAUGAGAUCAUCAGCCUGGAGUCCAGUUACAACGAUGAGAUGCUCAGCUAUUUACCCGGAGGCACUGCGGGGCUGCAGCUCCCCAGCACACUGCCUGUGUCAGGGAAUCUGCUCGAUGUGUACAGUAGUCAGGGUGUGGCCACAUCUACCAUCACUGUCAGCAACUCCUGCCCAGCUGAGCUGCCCAACAUCAAACGGGAGAUCUCUGAAACAGAGGCCAAGGCCCUUUUGAAGGAACGGCAGAAGAAGGACAAUCACAACCUAAUUGAACGUCGCAGGCGAUUCAACAUUAACGACAGGAUCAAGGAGCUGGGCACCCUCAUCCCCAAGUCCAGUGACCCGGAGAUGCGCUGGAACAAGGGCACCAUCCUCAAAGCCUCUGUGGAUUAUAUCCGCAAGUUGCAGAAGGAGCAGCAGCGCUCCAAAGACUUGGAGAGCCGGCAGCGAUCCCUGGAGCAAGCCAACCGCAGCCUGCAGCUCCGAAUUCAGGAGCUCGAACUGCAGGCCCAGAUCCAUGGUCUGCCGGUCCCUCCCACCCCAGGGCUGGUCUCCCUGGCCACAACUUCAGCCUCUGACAACCUCAAGCCAGAGCAGCUGGACAUUGAGGAGGAGGGCAGGCCAGGCGUAGCAACGUUUCAUGCAGGGGGGGGCCCUGCCCAGGGUGCUCCCCAUCAGCAUGCCCCAGUGCCACCUUCAGAUGCCCUUCUGGACCUGCACUUUCCCAGCGACCACCUGGGGGAUCUAGGGGACCCCUUCCACCUGGGGCUGACGGACAUUCUGAUGGAGGAGGAGGAGGGGGUGUUGGGGGGACUGUCAGGGGAUGCCCUGUCCCCACUACGGGCUGCCUCUGACCCCCUGCUCUCUUCCGUGUCUCCCGCUGUCUCUAAGGCCAGCAGCCGCCGCAGCAGCUUCAGCAUGGAGGAGGAGUCCUGAUCAGGCCUCACCCCUCCCCUGGGGUUUCCCCACCCAGGAAAGGAGGAUAAGUCAAGAUGAGGUUCUACCUUUCCCUUGCCCUCCCAUGAGACUGCCCUGCCUAGGUGUUUCUGGGAAAGAGAUGAGGCCCUACCCCUAUAACCAGGCAAGGAGGAGGAGUCAGGUGAUGCCCCACCCCUUCCCCACAGGCCCAUCCAGCACCCUGAGAUCAGAGCCUGUUCCUUGGAGAUCACAGCCUUGCCCCUGCCCCAUGGGACCCACCCUUGCCCAGGUGAGGGAAGGAGACAGGAUGAGGUCUGUCCUGUCCUCUGGGGACUGCCCUAGCCAGGUGUGGGAUAAGGAUGUGUCAGAAUGGCUGUUCCAUCCCCUCAUAAUGGCCACUGUAUUCCCUCCUCACGAGGAAGAGGAGUUAAAAUGAUGGACCUCCCACCCUGGGGGUUUAACCCCUGUCCCUUUACUAAUGUCCCUGCCCUGCCCAGGACAGAAUCAGAAGUGAGGGUGAGAGCCAGACCCUUUACCUGGGAAGUUAGGUCAUGGCCUAGCAAUGGAGGGGCCAGGCCAUGUGCCUUCCCUGUAGGAAGAACCCAGCACCAGUAUUUCAGGUACAGAGGAGUCUAAGAUCGGGCCACCAUGUGGAGAUCAUAGUCCUUAUCCCUCAGCAACAUCCCAUCCAAGCAUUACACUGCAGGGAUGAGUGGUACUUAGGAUCCCUUCCUUAACCUGAGAGCGCAUGGUGACUUAGCCUAUGAAGACUCUGAGCUGACCUUGCCUUAGAGGAAGGGGGGCAGAUCUUGAAAUCUUGUGGGUUGACAUUCCAGACCUAGAUCAGGAGUGAGAGUUAGGCCCCUACCCCUGGGCAAAUGUGCCUCCUUCCUUAAAGGAUAGUUUGGGGAGGUGAUGGGGAGUAGGGGAUACCGAGUCCAGGUUCCCAGAGUCAGCACCCGUUACUUUUUUUCCACGUGUAUAGGAACAGGAUGAAGGAAGGGAUACUUCUGGGGAUUUCCCCAGCCUGGGAAAAAGUAGAAGCCUGUCCCACCAGGGCAGAGGCUUGCAGGAAAAGUUGUAAAAACAUGUAUGCCUCUUUUGUUUAUCUGAUUUUUUACUGACCCCCCCCCCAUCCAGAAGUUGGUAACCCCCAACUUCUGGCCUCCACCCAGCUCUCCAUUUGAAGGACUCUUCCCUGUUUCAGAGUUAUCAACAGACACUCCCUGCCCCUCCUACCACGUAUACCCAAGGUCGUCAGCUUUGGAUUGUUGGGGCUAAGCCCCAAGAAGGGUGUACUGAGGGGUCUGUAGGUUUGUGAUUUAAUAAAUGCUAGGCGUGUUUGAUGCGCUUUUAACUUUGGCAAAGAGUCUCCUGUCCUUGCUUUGACUGUGCAGUGAGCAUGGCUCAUGCAGGCCAGGAGGAAGGGAGGUUCUUGGAAGCAAUAGAUUUAAGAGGGAUGGAUGAAAGAAUUUAACUAGAAAUCAGG